UCUUUGAAACUCUAUCUUCUGUUCUUACAGCUGGGAUAGUGUGCUCUGUUUAAAGCCAUUGCGCUUUGACGUGCAUCUGUAACCUGCGUUGCGUAUACAAGCACAGUCCCACACCGCACUCGCACCCUCGGGUAUGGAAAGCGGGCGUGCUAACAAGGAAACUAAAACUCCUUGUGCUACCAUCUGUCGUUAGUACAUAAGCUUUCGGGGGUUGAGGUUUACUCACAGCACAGCACUAUACCUGCUUGCUACCGUUACACGUUCAAUGUUAAGUCUUGCGGUAAAGAUAUUCCCUAUUUAGCGCUUUAAAGGACACGGCCGUUUGUUACACAUUAUUGUGCCGAUGUGUCUGUACCCUGAGAUAAAACCUUGAGUUUUGCGAUGUUUGCCUGCAGCUCCUGUCGCGAGAAAAAUGUUUUAAAGCAAACCAGCUCGGCUCUCAGUGGGCCGACAGUGGUCCACUGGCCUUUUGCUACCUGGGAGCAAUUGUGAAUGUAGAAUUUCAUAUCAAAAGCUAAACUCAGCACCUAAAGUGAACAUACAAGUAACAAACUAUUUCUGAAACAAAUAUGGCCAUUCAUGUCCCUCUGUAAAAAAAAUAAUGCUGGCAUAUCGUGGUCAUGGUCGAACUCACAACUGCCAAAUUAUAAAUUGCUUCUCCUGAGGUAGCCUACAUCCAGCACAGGCUAUGUGCUGCAUCUCACACACGUUGAAGUCUCCUUUGGCCUGCAGUUUGAAAAUAGUUCCACACAGACAAGGCAAGCCAAAUUCAGCACAUAUCGGAGGAGGCUACAAAAGAGAGUCAACGGAGCCAUCAACAGAGUUUGGUCCACCAUCUUUGUUUUGAUUUCUUUUCGCAGACAUAGGCCGUUUGCGUAGGCUCUUCGUAGAGUACAGUAACGGUAGCCAAUGGGUACGGGUUCUGUGAGUGUUAACCUCACUCCAUAACACUUGAGGACAGACCAUGGCACCCGUGGAUUUUAGCCUCCUUGCUAACACGCAUGUGUCAAAUCUGGACACGGUAUGCAGAGGGUAGACAAAUGGAGACCAGGAUCCUUCCCAGCAUGUAGUUGGCUUUCCAUUCGAUUAGAAUGAAUGAGAAUGGGGUCAAUGAUUGUGUAUUUCAGCUUCAGUCGGACAGGGCUUCUGGCUGCACUGACCUAUCAAAGCAACCCAGUUCAGUAAAACCUGCACAACAUGAACACAAGCAAGAAGACAUGUUAAGCAGUUUUGAUCCAAGGCCACCACGGCAGGCCAGGCCUCCUCCUCUGACCGAUCCCUUUGAGCGCGUGAAAGGGAGACGCUUGAAGACGAGUCAGGAGAGUUUGACAGACUGUGCCCGGACAGGUGGUGCCUUUAUAGGCCCCCUUAAGGAGGACCUGACGGAUCCCUCUUCUUCCUCCCUCGCCAACGGCCCAGCCCUUCUGACCAACGGCCCAAAGCAUGCAGACCGGUCGGAGCACGUGGGGUCUCCGUUGUCCCCGUUCCGUGACCGCAGCUAUAGUUUGCCCGUGACACAGAGGAGGCGACACCAGUUCAAAACCGACCCGCAUUUUAGACAUUCAAGAAUAAUCCUGUCCCCUCUUCAGCCUUGUAGAGCCCUGCUUCCCAGCCUGGAGUGCAAUAUGGCCUCUAUGUCUUUAAGGACUGCUAAUCAGAUUGACAGGGAUUGCGUGGAUUACAAAGGACUGGAUAGGUUACACAGGAACUUCAGUGACAGCCGGCUACUGGAGACGAUGGUGUCAGACAGCUCGUCCGUCAAUUCCAUGAAGUCCAACUUCAGCGUCCUGAACCCCAUCAGACCAAAGGAUGUGAGGAACAGGAGCUUUCUGGAGGGCAGUGUACUGGGCCAUGGAGCUCUUCUGGGCGCUGAGGAGCUGGACCGGUACUUUCCAGAGAGACAUGUGGGCGUCUACAUCGCCACAUGGAAUAUGCAGGGAGAAAAGGGACUUCCAAACAACCUGGAUGAUCUCCUACUGCCAACAGACACAGAAUUUGCACAGGAUUUCUACAUCAUUGGCAUUCAGGAGGGGUGCCCUGAUAGGAGAGAGUGGGAGAUCCGUCUUCAGGAAACACUGGGACCGUAUUACGUCAUGCUAUACGCCGCUGCUCAUGGGGUUCUCUAUCUCACCGUAUUUGUGCGAAGGGAUCUUAUCUGGUUCUGCUCAGAGGUGGAGCACGCCACAGUCACAACGCGCAUCAUCUCUCAGAUCAAGACCAAGGGAGCCGUGGGCGUCGGCUUCACCUUCUUUGGAACCUCCUUCCUCUUCAUUACAUCCCACUUUACCUCGGGAGAUUCCAAAAUUUAUGAGAGGAUCCUUGACUACAACAAGAUUAUUGAAGCCUUGGCUCUUCCUAAGGUCCUCCCAGACACGAAUCCAUAUCGCUCCGUUUCCUCGGAUGUAACAACACGGUUUGAUGAGGUCUUUUGGUUUGGGGACUUUAACUUUCGCUUGAAUAAAGACCGCUACGGAAUUGAGGCCGUCCUGAAGCAGAGUGAUGGCCCAGAUAUGGAGCCUCUUCUACAGCACGACCAGCUUCUCAAAGAGAUGAAAGACGGAGCCAUCUUUAAAGGCUUCCAGGAGGCACCGAUCCAUUUCCUGCCCACAUACAAGUUUGACAUCGGUUGUGACAUCUAUGACAGCACCUCAAAACAAAGGACGCCCUCCUACACGGACCGGAUCAUCUUCCGUAGUAGGCAAAGCGAUGAUAUUAAAGUCAUCAGGUACACUGCCUGUGCAUCCAUCAAGACGUCGGACCACCGGCCAGUGGUCGGCAUGUUCCAGGUGAAGAUCCGUCCUGGGAGAGACAACAUCCCUCUGGGGGCGGGGCAGUUCGACCGCAGCUUGUACCUGGAAGGGAUCCGCCGUAGGAUCACCCGUGAGCUGCAGAGGCAGGAGGCCGUGAAGAGCCAGCAGAACAGCGCUGUGUGUUGCAUUUCCUGAAAAAGGUGUCAGGAGGCUGCUCCUAAACUACCUUAGAAAAAAAAGCAAUGUGUAUACACCUGGGACGGGGCCCCCUGCUGGUCAGUGGUGAGGAGGCUGGACUCCUGGGCCGCCGCUCCCAAGGUGUCAGAGGGAGGAUCUCAGAUGGGGCAAUUAUGAACAUAGGCACACUGCGGUCACUUGGGAAGACCAGGUGCCCUGUGGUUACUUAAUACUUAACAAAGUUAACAAAGAUUUUGCUCAGAACACUAACAUUAUGAAGUCAUGGAGAGGGAACAUUGUCUUACACAUUCAUGUGCACAUAAGAGUCUUUUAUAUACGUUUGCCUAUUUUAUACCUACUUGAUCUGUCACACAGACACAUAACAUUUUUCUUCACAUUUCAUAGCACUGUUGUAUGGCCUUAACAUCACCAUAGUUCACUUAGACACCAUGGGUUUCUAACAGACUGUGGAGCAAGGUCUAUGGCAUUUAAUCACAUUCAUCAUUCACAGGAUCAUUGUAUUGAUUUCCAUCCAUACCUUUGAAAAAUGAUUUGUAUCAAAUAAUUUGACUCAUGAAGAAUCCGAUAAUCCAAACAUGAGAUCUAGUGCUGCACUGAGCGUGGGGGGCAGAUUGGGGCAGAUGGCAAAAGUGCACUUUUGAAAGCAGAAAGUUCAGAGUGAGUUAUAAAUGCAAAUGGCAUUUCCUCUACUCAGAUUUACUCUACUU